AUGGAUGGACUCUACACAGACAGACUCAGCUGUUUUACAUACAGAAAUUCAAAGUUGGGAGCUGAUGAAGACCUAAAAGAUGACAGACAACUUUUGGUUGAAGAGCAGAAGUUGUGCAGAGCCCGAGCUCGCAGGUUUUCCAGUGAAACAAAACGACGCAGAAAGCUUCUGGAGGACAGACGGAAGCAGUGGGAUGUGCAGGAGCAACGGCUGAGGGAAAACAUCCUACAGCAACGGAGAGAGCUAGUGCUAGAUGCAACCGAGCGCUUCCAAAGGGCUCAUCUGCCUCCCUCUCAGAGACGAAGACAAUCUUUUAGGAGGCAAGCCCCAAAUAUUGAAGAUGCACUUAAUGAAAUUCAAGGCACCCUGAGUUCAUGCAGCCGGCAGUCCUCUUUCUUGUCCAGCUACUCCAACAUUACCAGCUGCACUCCCUCUCCCAGGCCUCCCACAGUAUCUAAAUCUUCCCACCGCCAAGCCCUUUCAGCUUUGGAGGCCUACACCAAGCUGCUUCAGGAACAGAGCGCCUGUGUCAAGAACAGUCAAGAAACUCAAAAGACUCAAGAGAGGCAACGAGAUCACAGUCCACAGGACAACCAUCUGUCUUAUUGCUGUAAUUCUGACAGCCUUUUAAGCAAGGACAGUUUGGAGAAUGAAGAGCCCAACCACAGCACAAAAAAUCACCUGUGUUCCUAUUCAUCCUUCCUGCUUGACUCAGAGAAGCCCCAUCUAGACAUGAGAAAGCAAAAUGAUUUGUGUCCAUCAUCAGACCUUACUUCUCUCUCAGCUAUGAUGCAUCUUGGUAUUAACUUAGAUGUAUCGAGAAAACUGCAAGAACCCAAGCAGAGGAAACAAGAGGAAACUGAAGGGCUCAAUAAUAAGAUUCAUGUUUCCAAAGCUCCUUGGGGGUUCACAACUAUUGAGCAAACACCUAAAACCGAAACCCAGCCUCCUCUGCACAACUGCAGCUUGUUAACUCUUGAAAUAAUCAGUGGAGAGCCAGAGCACUGUGAGGUAAACGUCCCACAAAACAGUCACGGUGACAACAUCAUGGUUACAAGUAACGUUGUUCCCGGAAACACAGCACUCGAGUCUUCAUAUCUUAAACAAGUUGGACAUCUGUUGGAUCUCAGACAGCAGAGGGUCCAGGAUGACAGACAAUUAAAACACCCAUCACCUUCAGAAAUUAUUUUGCCUGCCAAAAAUGGCAACAGCAAAGACAUUUUGUUUGGGGCUCCCCCUACACCAAGUAUUUUCUUGAUCGAUAGCACAGCAGAUAAUGCCUCGCAAGAAAGAUUUCCUCAACAAACGAAAGAACACAAUUAUCUGUCAUCCCAGAAAGAGUCUGGUGCUUCUAUAAACAACCUCAACAAGGUUUCAAAUUCAGAGACCAAAGCUGAGAAGCCCUUUAAUGCUGCAUCGUUGCAACAUGUAUGCUUGUCUAACAUUCAAUCAGACACUUCUAAGUGCCUUAAAUACCCUAAGGAGGAAGUACAAAAAUUGCCUGUUUCAAUGGGGUCAUCCCAUUCAGUAUGUGAAGUCAGAUUCAUUAAAGGAAUCCUUAAAAAGCAGUCCAAAUAUAUGUCAGGAGAUACUGCCUAUUUGUAUGGCUCAGGACAUUUGUUUUUUGCAAAACAAGUAGCCUUAGCAAUCAGAGAUAGUGUUGAACUAACAAGAGCAAAAAAAAAGGAGGAGGAGGGCAACAACACUGUAAAGAAGAAGCUGCGUUGGUUUGAUGAGGUACAUGUGGAAAAAGACAAAGAACAGACCACAAUAAAACAGAUGAGAGGCAAAUCAUCCAAUCUAUCUCCGACAAAGAACGACCCACAGGACCACCAGCUAAGUCUCACAACAGUCUCAGGGGCUUCCAAGCCUGGACCCAGCAUGACCCUUUCAGCCUCCACUGGUUAUCACUUUACAAAGCAAGCGUGGGCAGAUGUUGGGGUUCAAGUCAGCCUGCCCCAGGAACGUGUAGACGAGGUCAAGGUGCCACGGUGCAGCACCAGGACCAGUGGCCCCAAGGUCCCUCGGAGAGAGCGCUCUGCCAGAGUAGGAGCGGGUCCUGUUUCCUCGAAGACUAGAAAGGGCAUUGUCAUACGACCUCAAUCUGCCACCGAGGUGAGUCAGAUUGCCAAGACCCAGGGGAAGAUCAUGGUGCCCCGCCCACCUCCUAGGAUGGAAGCCAUGGAAGAGAAAGCAGCGUACAGCGCUAAGACUCCAUAUGGCACGGAUCAUACUAGUGUCAACUGUAAACAAGCUCUGGCUGCAGAGCAGGCUCUGCACAAGGACAACUCAGAAGGCUUUUUCUCACCUUACACACAUCAUGUAAUCAGAACAGAUAGUAGUGUUAUGUACACACCGCUGCCACCCUCGUAUACCAACCUUGACUCAGAGGGCAACACAAAAGGCAUGCCCGGCUCAGGUCAUAAAGAAACUCUGAGUUGCGUUAGAAGAAGCGGGAUGGUGUACGAUGAAAAAGGUCUCUGUUUAGAUUGCACUCCCACAGACGAGGAGAUCUCACAGCUCUGGCAGGGUGUCUGCAGUGCCUUAGUCACCAAGGAUGCAAAAAACAUGGUAAGAAGACAGACCCCGGAGAGUGGGCGAGUCUGGAGGAAACCCUACGUGGAGCAGAGCAGACAGCCUUCUGGCUCCAAGAACAGAAGGCCUCCUCCUCAGCCCUCUCAGCCACCAAAACAGGCCAUAAACUCACCAAGACCACAUACCAAAACUGACAUGGGCUUUACAGAUGAAGGUUUGGAGAGUGCGUCCCAGUUUCACCUGGCUGAAGUGCACGCAAGAGGCCUACUGGAAGAAAGGGAUAUUGUGGUUGCCACAGAAACAGCCCAAACACAGAGGCCUAGAACAGUGCAGCAGCGUCAACAGCAGGGACUUACCACCAUUUCCUUGGAAGAACAAAAGAUCCUCCUCUCUUUAGACAGACUCAACUACCAACUGCAAAGUGUGCGGGAACAUGGGGGUAACACUGGCAUGCGUGGCCUUGUACUUAUUGAUGCACCCUCUACAAAAGAAACGAAGGCCACAAACAAUCACAAGCACUGUGCAUCCUCAGCCAACAACCGCACUCGAUACCAGAAAAAAUGUUGA